UGUGGACACGCACACACGCGAGCGGCUUCUUCGCCAGUUUACCUGCAGUUUUUCAGUGAUUCGCCCAGACAUUCAGUGUCUCAGCCAUGGACAAAGCUAGCCAUACAUCCCGCCCACGCGAGGAGCCCAAAUUCCACGCUCCUGACACCGCCACGCUUAUUUACACGCUCAUCGCCGUCUUUAUCACGAUUGUGCUUCUAUAUGUGUACAAGAAGAAGAAGACCUCCCGAACGGAUGUGCUGCUGAUGGGCUUGUGCGAGGCGGGAAAGACGAGUGUGUUCACGCGACUGAUCUACCGGGAGGAUCGGGAGACUUUCACCUCUAUCAAAGAGAAUAUUGCCGAUUACACCAGCAAAAACGGCUUCGUGCGGAUUGUGGACAUUCCCGGACACGAAAGGCUACGUGGCAAGUUCGAUGAGUUCAAGCAUCAGGCCAGAGGAGUUGUCUUUGUCGUGGACAGCGUCUCCGUGCAGAAGAGCAUCCGGGAUGUGGCAGACUAUCUGUACACAGUUCUCCUGGAGCCCGCGAUCGCUUCACUACCCUUCCUAAUCCUCUGCAACAAGCAAGAUGAAACCAUGGCCAAGAGUGCCGGUGUCAUCAAGAGCAUGCUGGAGAAGGAGUUGAAUCUCGUGCGCUCCACCAGAAAGAACCAGUUAGAGUCCGUGGACUCUUCAGCCAAGAGCAACGUCUUCCUGGGCAAGCAGGGCAAGGACUUCGAGUUCAUCCACAUCUCCCAAUACGUGGACGUCCUGGAGUGCUCAGUGAAGAAUCAGGACAUCGGUAGCCUCACCGACUGGCUCGACCGGAUAGUUUAA